GGAGAAAGUCCCUGGGUGGUGGCACUUGCUCCAGCCAGUCCCAAGGGGGGGAAAUUGAAAGGAAAAUGCGGGUUUUCGGCUGUGCCCACACUGUGCCCACCAUUCCUGGAGCAUCCUGAACCAGCACAGUACUGGGGGGUGCAAGGAGGGUCCCACCCUCCUUGGGAUCCCCCAUCGUGGCACAACCAAUGGGGUGCCCGCUGCAGGUCACGCCAAAGCAGGGCUGUCUCCUCCCACCCCACCACCCAUCGGUGGCCCCAGGGUUGUCCUGCUGCCUGCUGUGCUCCCAUGCACGCCUGUGUGGGACGGCCCCAGGGAGCUCCAGACCCGAGCUGACCACCGCGAUGUCUGAGACCACAAAAACCGCUGCUCCCGGCCAGGCUGCAGAGGACAAGGAGAAGGCAGCCCCGGUGCCAGCUCCAUCCUCCGACCCCACUCCUGUCACCAACAGCAAAGGGGAAGAGCCCUCCACGGAAGCUUUCAGGAUUGUCAUCUAUGAGCAAGAGAAUUUCCAGGGCAGGCAGAUGGAAUUCACCAGCGAGUGUCUGAACCUGGCAGACUGCGGCUUCGACAGAGUGCGCAGUGUCAUCGUCAGCUCCGGACCCUGGGUGGCCUAUGAACAAGCCAACAUGCGUGGGGAGAUGUUCAUCCUGGAGAAGGGCGAGUACCCGCGCUGGGACACCUGGUCCAGCAGCUACCGCAGUGACUGCUUCAUGUCCAUGCGUCCCAUCCGAAUGGAGGCCGAGGAUCACAAGAUCUCCCUGUACGAGUCUGCUGACUUCAAGGGCAACAAGAUGGACAUCCAGGAGGACGACGUGCCCAGCCUCUGGGCUUAUGGCUUCUGUGACCGCGUGGGCAGCGUGAAGGUGCCCAGUGGAACCUGGGUUGGGUAUCAGUACCCCGGGUACCGUGGCUACCAGUACCUCUUUGAGACCGGGGACUUCAGGCACUGGAACGAAUGGUGCGCCUUCCAGCCCCAGAUCCAGUCCAUCCGCCGCAUCCGGGACAUGCAGUGGGACCAGAAGGGCACCUUUGUCACCCCCGAGGCUCCCUCCAACUGAGCUCGGCCCCGAGCCCUCCCCUCGCUCCCCCGGCACUAUCCGUGUCUACCGACCGCUCCACUGCCGCCGCCGCGUGUACUCGAGGCAAAUUAAACAGAUCAGACGAUG